UACAGGUGUGUGCAGUGCAGAGUGGAUACAAAACAGACAGACCAUGAUUUCCAGGUGCAAGGGUGUUUAUUGAUUUAAUUAACAAUGUCCAGAACCUUAUGGCAAACACCUGUAAAUAAUAAUGAUGGAGUGAUACAGCGGCGUGUAUCACUCGGUAUUUGUAAAUCCCCGCGUUUGACACGCAACCAAAAGUCCAGUUUUACACACCAACACUAAACACAAAACACAAACACAGUUCCUAGUGAUAGUGAAUAAGUGCAAGUGGUGUAUUACAGUUCUCCAUUAAAUGCACGGGUGAAAGUGAUGUUCGCUACAGCUCUGGAUCGUGCUACUGGUAGUCUAUUAAAAAACAGAUGACAGUUAACAAACACUAACAAACACAAGAUAAAACUCACGGUUCACAAUACUGCCACACAGACUCCUUGUAGGUUUAAAGCACUAAUGAUUUACCAAGGAACAGAUCACUUUCACUAUGUCCCCUAUUUAUACCCUCGCUCAUGACCCAUAGGUUAACGAGCGCUUCCAAUCCUCAGAUGCCACGCCGUUUACCGUCUGACUCAUUGAGUUUGGGUACCGUAGCUCUGUCUUUUUGCUAAAUGACCGACUUCCAUCUACCCUAAGGAAUAAAUUGUUGUGCCAUUUAUUUAAGGGUACUCUGUUCCUUUUAUACAGUGCCCUCACAGGUCGACACCAAGAAUCAUUCGAUCUCUGUCACAGGGCUAUAUAAUGAAUGAAGGCAUUGUUGAAGCCAAAUCAGUUGUUUCUGUGACUAGUAUAUAGAGUAAUUAUUAUUCCCUGUAGGUAAUGGUUCUACUUAGUUGUUUUUUACACCCAUUGCAUAAUAAAUGCUUAAUCAUGUAUUUAAUAAUGUAAAUCAAUAAUAAUAAUCCUUAUGUGGUAUGUCUUUUUUAAAAAAAUGUUGUGAUAUGAUGCAGUGAAGCUUUAAAAUUAUUUUAAAACUAAAUUUUUGUUGCUGAUAAUUUAAAAAAAUACAACUCUGUGACAGAUAGUCAGUUAAAGUACAUUUCAAUUGUUUUUUAGUAUAUUAACACAACUAUAUAGAUGGAAUUACAUUUAAAAUAUUUUAAGCAGCUGUACAGGGGUAAAUUCACCCAUUCUGAGAGUUGCCGCAGCCCCCCCCCCCCCCCCCCCCCCCCCCCCCCGCCCCCCUUCUAAUAGUUAAGAAAUAGUUCCUUCAUAUCUUAAAAUGUGUGCAAGGUACUGGUUAACUGGAUUUCUGCUGCUGAUACAACAAGAUGAUGUCAGCACAUCUCAUUACUUGCAGAUUGUAAUGUCACAGUGAUGUCAUAGUGACUGCUAAGCACCCAGCUUUAAUCUAUCAGAUACAAUAACUUGAGUGUAUUAUAGUAAAGAGAAAUAUACAGUAUACAUUCAAAAACUAUCUGGAGCUUCUAGAAAAUGAAGACCCUUAUUUUCUUUCUUGUUUGUUCUAUGUCCUGUGCCAAUGGUGCCUAUGACUUGGACAACUGUGGAUCACGGCCAAUGGUGAAGGAGCUGAAACAUUCUCGCAUUGUUGGAGGCAUAGACUCCCUCCCUGGAGCUUGGCCUUGGUUAGUGAGUGUCCAAAUACCCACAAGAAAAGGUCACAGGCAUUCCUGUGGGGCCACUCUCCUGAAUAAUAAGUGGAUUCUUACUGCAUCACACUGCUUCAAGACCCCAGAGAAGGACCUCAGUGCUUGGAAGAUUGUUAUUGGUGCUACUCAGCUCUCAGCACCAAACCCAGAGACAGCAGAGAGGAAAAUUAAAAGCGCUUACAGACACCAGAAUUACAUCCCCAUGACUGAAUAUAAUGACAUUGCACUGAUAGAGUUGGAUCGUCCAGUACAUUUCAACAGUUUCAUCCAGCCAGGUUGCUUGCCGAAGCCUGACCUGAGCAUUCUCAACAUGACUCACUGUUAUGUAGCAGGUUGGGGCAUCACACAUGAAGAUUACGUGACUCCAGCUGAUAUUCUUCAGGAAGCAAAGAUAAACCUGGUCCCACUUGCAACGUGUAACAGUACUGAGUGGUAUAAUGGAGCAGUGACAUCUCUCAACUUGUGUGCAGGGUUUGAGAAAGGAGGGGUUGACAGCUGCCAGGGGGACAGUGGAGGGCCUUUGGUGUGCAAGGAGGAAGUGAGUAAAAUGUAUAUUGUAAUUGGAGUCACAAGCUGGGGACAGGGCUGUGCUGAAGCCAGACAUCCUGGGAUUUACACCUCCACGCAGCCUUACCUUGAUUGGAUCACAAAGACAAUGAGCGGGAUACACACAGGUGGUCAGUCUCCAGUGGAUAUGAUGAAAACCAACCGUAAACAUACGUCAAGGAGCAUGGCUAUAAAAAAACCAUCUGCUUCUGGCAAUGUCUCAGCCACUAGCAAUGGGUUAGUUUACUGCCUGUGUUCUGCACUCUUAAGUGUACUGCACACAUACCUCCUGGUGUAA